UUGUCGGCUGUAGCGGUUGUCGGCGGUUGUCGGCGGUUGUGGGGAGAGAAGCGGCUGGCGCGGCGCCGCACUAGGUACGUUGGGGCCGGGCGAGAAACCUGCGCGAGCGACAGUUGGCCGGGACGGAGGUUUCUUGCGCGCCGCGCGCCUGAGUGCCGGCCCCCGGAGGCCUCGGAGCGCCGCGCGAGCCGGGCGGUUGCGGCGGGGUUGACUCAAAUGUGUCCGCGGAGUCGUUGGGGAUCCGACCCGGCCGGCAAGACAACGGCGAAGAGCGAAAGGACGUGUCUCCACCCGCUGUCCGAGCGGGUGGUGGGCGGCGGCGCGGGCUAGUCGGGGCCGCGUAGGGACGUUGCCUCAGGGUUUGGUACUCGCCAAGUAAGUAAGUGGAAGCAUGGGGCCCUACCGGACUACAUUUACAGACUAACGGAGAAAAUGUAGUAGUCCUCCGCGCAACUUUGGGAUUCCGUCGCCAGAUUUCCAGGAGUUUCAGUUAUAAUUUAUCUGAGGAAACCAGGUGCCAGAACAGUUAAGUGAUCUUCAUCAGGCGGUGGGGAGGCUUUCCUUGAUGUACAUUUUAUGCAGAAGGUACUAGAACAUCAGGGAAAACAGAAAAUUCCGAGCCUUAAUGCCCACAUGCCUUUUUAAAGGAAACCGCCUGGAGCACAAACGUGUAAUGUACACCUGUGGAGCUCACCAGUGUUGGGAUGCUGUGAUUGAAGGAUGAAAGCCGUGUAACGGCAGGCGUGGUUCUUUAACACAGUUUAUUUUUGAGGAAGUUAAAAAGAAAAAAACCAUUUCCUGCUUGUCGCCCUUCCCUCACCUACUUUCAAUUUUGGCAAGUUCAAGAAUGUGUCCUGUACAGAGGAAGCAAUUAUUUUGCUUUGUCUCUCUGAUUACAACCUUGCUGUGCUUGGAAAACUGGCUUGGAAAACUGACUUCCACCUUUCCGUGAUACUGUGUUGAAGAUGAAGUUUCCAACAUUGUAAGCCAGCAUGUGUUGCUUGCUUUGUGACGAGCCGGUAUUUACUGCUCUGAAGACUCAUAGAUGGUCAAGACCUAGAAAAAGAUGAUCAUACUGAGUAAUUCAUUAGGAAUAAAAUAUUAAAAAAUAGAAGAAUUAUGUGAAACCCACUUAAACGGGCUGUUAUGCUAGAUUGGGAUUUCAUACUCUUUUAUUAUGAUUUUGUCAUAUAUUGUAGCCAGUAAAUGACUGGCGACAACUAUUUGCAAAACAAAUGGGGAAGAACAUUCAAGAUAAAAAUAAUUUAUAUCACAGGAAAGCUAUUGAAAAUACAAAAAUGAAGCAUCUGGCUGAAGGACUGAUUACAUUGAGUUCAGCUCUUGUGAAUCUUAUCUGCAGAUUUGUACAGACUACAUCCUAAGAUUGACUUCUGCCUCAACAGAAAUGCAUGAUUUGCAUCUUUUAAGAACUGGUGUAUCUAGGAUAUGAAAGAUGGCAAGUCCAGAUAGAAGUAAACGGAAGAUUUUAAAAGCAAGAAAAACAAUGCCUGCAAGUUGCCGGAAGCAAGCAGAGAUCCUGAAUAAGUCAAAGAAUGUUGAAGCACUAAAAACAGCAGCAAUUGGGAGUAAUGUGUCAAGUAGUAAUCAGAAUUCAAGUACUGAUGUCAUAAGUAGCAAAUGUAGACAUUCUGAAAAUGAUGCUUCCUCUUUGGACUCUAUAAAAAUUUCAGUAUGUGCACCAAAAAGUAAAGUAUUUUCUCAGAACUUAAUAAAACCACUAGAAAUUGUUGAUUCGAAAACAAGAUUAGAAUACACUGAAGAACAAGUUGUGUACUCUUAUGAAAAGCCAAGUAAAACAGUAGAAUCUCCCAGGAAACUCUUUACACAAGACGCAAAAGAUUCACAAAACACUUUUGAAAGCCAUUUUGAAUGUCAGGCAAGUGUAACACGAUCCAUUUUUGAACAUGAAGAGGAUUGUAAUCUGAAAUCCAUUUGCUGUCCAUCCAGUGUAUUGAGUGGUGUAGUUCAGAUGUCAAAGUCUACAAUAACCAAUACCUUGGAUGAUAAGAGAACUGACAAGAUAGUUUCCUAUUUAGAAACAAACUCCAAUUCUGAGUUUCGUGAUAAAAGACAAAAUAACACUUUAACUUUAAAUUCAGAUAUCCCUUUUGUGCCUGUUGAUAAAAUACCUAACUUGGUAAAUUCAGUCAUUUCUAGUAACUGUGCUGCUGACAUUUUGAAAAGUGAAGAAUCCUGUAGAACCUGUCAUUCCAGCAUUUUAAGUUGUGAAAGUACAGAUACAAAGUGGCUGUCCUCAUUUGACACUGAUAGUAAUAACAGCCAUAAUCAAAAGAAGAGGAUGUUUUCAGAAAUCAAAGAAAAUGUUAAGCGUGUGAAAACUUCAGAGCAAGUUAAUGAAAAUAUUUCUCUAGCUCUGGGAAAGCAAACAGCAUUGCUGGAACAGGUCGGACAUUUGAUUCGACAGGAGAUCUGUAGUAUAAAUUACAAACUAUUUGAUAACAAACUGAAAGAAUUGACUGAACGCAUUGGGAAGACACAGUGCAGGAGUAAACAUGAAGCAAUAGCUGAUGAACUCUUCACAAAAAUAAAAAAACUUCAAAGACGUAUUAAAACGGUAAUGUUAUCUCAUAGGAAUUGUGUGGAACCAAACGUGGUAUCCAGCAAUACAGCUUGUAAGGUUGCAAAUUCAGAGACUAUGAAUUUGGAUAAGAAUCCAGAGUCAGUUAAUAGUCCAGAGGAAAGAAAAACUUCUGUGAACUCUGAACCUUCUAACCCUUCAGAAAAAGCAAGUGAAAAGAUUAAUUUGUCAUGGGAACAUAAUGAGGCUGUUUCUGAAAGUAAAGAUGAUAUCAUGUUGAUUUCUGUGGAAAGUCCUAAUUUGACAACUCCAAUUACAUCAGAUCCAACAGAUACUGGAAAAAUUACAUCAGGAAAUUCUAACAAUUCACCUGAUGCUGAAACUGAAGCUAUGGCUAAAGAGAAGAAACUUGAUUCUGUGAUUGAUCUAACGAAAGAAGGCCUGUCACACUGCAACACAGAAAGUCCAGUAUCCAUGCUUGAGUCACCUACGAAAGCUAUUUCAAUCUCAAAAGAGACAACCCCAGAGGCACAAAAUACAGCCCAGGUUCUUGAAUCCUUUGAGCACCUGCCACCUCUCCCAGAACCACCACCACUACUACCCGAACUGGUAGACAAAAUCCGAGACACACUUCCUCCCCAGAAGCCUGAGCUCAAAGUAAAACGGGUGCUGAGACCCAAGGGCAUUGCCCUGACUUGGAACAUAACCAAAAUCAAUCCCAAGUGUGCCCCCGUGGAAAGCUACCACCUCUUCCUGUGCCAUGACAUCCCUAAUAAUAAGCUGAUCUGGAAGAAAAUUGGAGAAAUUAAAGCUUUACCACUCCCAAUGGCCUGUACUUUAUCUCAGUUUUUAGCUUCCAACAAAUAUUAUUUUACUGUCCAGUCAAAAGACAUUUUUGGGCGAUAUGGACCAUUUUGUGAUAUAAAAUCUAUUCCUGGGUUUUCUGAAAAUCUUAUCUAAAAGUAAGAAAAGUAUUUGAUAAUUAUAUAUUGUACUACAUUUUUUUUUCAUACUUCAGUUGUUUGUUUACAAUGGUUCUCUAACCCUAUUCAAUGUCUUAAAGGGCCAGUUCAGAUUGUGAACCCUUUAUACAGGGACAGUCCUCUUCCCUAUGUUGUAAGUGGCCUCUAGUUUCAUGAAUUUCUGAUUUACAUUCAAUAAAUACUUCCAAUGGAUAUGUUCUAAGACAUACACCAUCAUGGACCCAUGUCGCUAAGCUGUGUUAGGUACAAUACAUUCGGUAACUAUGGAGCUGCUGCUUCUAUCAGAAGCCCUAGGAUGCAAGCAACCACUAUUUCCUCUCUUGAAUAUCAGCUUUUGGUGACCUGCUUGUGGUCAGUAUAGGUACAGGAAAAUCCAGCUCUUUACUGAGGCCAGAUCAUCCUUGGGGUGCAUCUACACCAAGAUUUUAUGAAAAUAUGUCUUCCCGUUCUGUUCAAAUUCUAAGGGCUAUUAAUUUGUGCCCCUCCCUACUCCCCCCUUUUGUUUUAGGCCAUGUCAAUCAUUUAGGGAAAUAGUCUAGGUUUUCCCGAAAUCGGUUUGUAUACUUACAUACGUAAUAAAACUACUUAAACGUAUGCUGUGUACACAAAAUUACAGUAUCUCUUGUAAAAUAAAAAAUUACCCAACCUGCUAUUUCAGUUGAGGGAAAUGGAGUUGUCUGCCUUAGAUUUAAGGCUUUAAUUUGCUGAUUCCCUAAUGAGACCCUUUGCUUAUUUCCUGGCUACCGUCAUUACUUACAACAUAACACUAAGGGGCUCCCAUAGAUGUCCUGCUUACCUCUGUCUGAGGGAACACUGAUGUGAGCUGUGGCUCCUACAAGUAUCCCAAGAAACUUGACGGGUGAGCAGACUGGGUUAGUGUAAGUCAGGCCCUAAUGGGACAAACCGUGGAUGAGUAAUACUAGGACACUGAGAAAACAGAAAAAUAACGGUUAGCGUGAAAGUCUGUUCAAGAGAGGCAUUCUUUUCUGGUAUAUAGUGAAAGUUCAGGCCUCAGAGGCUCUGAGAUUUAAAAAAUUGGACAGGAAUGGCUUUCCUUGGCAUUUUGUGAAUGCUGUCACAUCUUCAGUCAUAAAUAAAGAUGUUAUUUUUCAGUC